AUGGAAAUGGAUCGUCCCAGAAUAAAUGGGUCGGGUUCUCAAAGGAAGUAUGCAACAGAUUUAUUGAAAAGGUUCCAUAUGAUGGGGUGCAAAACAACUGCUACACCAAAGAAUACAAAUGAGAAAUUGUUGCUGAAUGAUGGUACUGAAGAAGCUAAUGUACAACAAUACAGAAGCUUGGUAGGUGGUCUUAUUUAUUUAACUCACACUAGACCUGACAUCUCUUACUCUGUUGGAGUAAUAUCUAGGUUUAUGCAUACUCCUACAAAGCAUCAUUAUGGAGCAGCAAAAAGAAUUCUGAGAUAUGUAGCAGGAACUCGAGAUUUUGGAAUAUGGUAUAAGCAGGUGAAACAAUGCAAUCUGGUUGGAUAUACGGACAGUGACUGGGAAGGAUGUAUGGAAGAUCGUAGAAGCACUGCUGGGUAUGCAUUCUAUUUUGGAUCUGGUGUCAUUUCAUGGAGUUCAAAACAACAAGCCACUGUCGCAUUAUCCUCUUCAGAAGCUGAGUUUAUUGCAGCAACUGCAACACCAUGUCAAGGAAUUUGUCUAACCAGAAUACUAGAAGAUCUUGGACAGAAGCAAAGAGAAGAAACUCAAAUUUUUUGUGAUAAUAAAGCAACAAUAGCUAUGACCAAGAAUCCUGUGUUUCAUGGCAGGACCAUAUUGAUAUAA